AGAGGAGAUGAGGGAAAAGAAACAGUUGGAUUGGAAUUAUUAGAGAAACAAUUGGCCGACCGUGUGUCCCUUGCGCGAGCGAGGGAAGGGAAGGGAAGGACGGGAAGGGAAGGGACUCGAGAGAGGAAAAAAAACGCGAAAGCUUUUCCUGAUUGGUUUGCUCACUCUUUCCUGUUCCAAUCACUCAUAAUUAACUCAGUCUGCAGCAAAAUAUGUUACUAUAUUACACAAGUAGCAGCCUCACUGAGUCACUGUCGUGUAAUGUUAGAUAAAUUUCGCAAACGCUUUGGUCAACCGUCUAUGACUUGGCGGGUUGUUCAUGGUGGCGAGUGAAAAACUGUGAUAAAGUCCACAUAAUUUAGAGGAAAAGCGGAUUGAAUUUUGGAAGCAGAUAGAAAAGGAGGAGGAAAUGGAGGGUUCCAAGCCGGAAGUGGGCUCCGCGCCGGCGCCUCGUCGAGACCCGUACGAGGUUUUGUGCAUUCCUAGGGAUUCAACAGAUCAGGAGAUUAAAUCUGUUUACAGGAGGCUUGCGCUUAAGUACCAUCCGGACAAAAAUGCUAGUAAUCCCGAAGCUCCAGAACUUUUCAAGGAGGUCGCAUAUUCUUAUAGCAUUUUAUCUGAUCCAGAGAAAAGAAGCCAGUAUGAUACUGCUGGGUUUGAGGCUCUUGAUGAGGAUGACAUUGAUAUGGAAAUUGAUCUUUCUAACCUUGGAAAGGUUAACACAAUGUUUGCAGCACUGUUCAGCAAGCUAGGUGUCCCUCUCAAGACUACUAUCUCCGCUAAUGUUCUUGAAGAAGCUUUGGAUGGAACUGUCACAGUUGCACCUCUCCCAGUUGGAUCAUCAGUUAGUGGAAGGGUAGAAAAGCAAUGUGCCCACUUCUUUGGUGUUACUAUCAAUGAGGAACAAGCUGAGGCAGGGAUUGUAAUUAGAGUUACCUCAGCUACACAAAGCAAAUUUAAGCUACUUUAUUUCGAGCAAGAUGCCCAUGGUGGAUAUGGUUUGGCUUUGCAGGAAGAUAGUGAGAAGACUGGCAAAGUGACCUCUGCGGGAAUGUAUUUCUUACAUUUUCAAGUGUAUAGAGUGGAUUCAACUGAGAAUGCGUUAGCAAUGGCUAAGGACCCCGAAGCAGCUGCUUUGUUCAAAAGGUUGGAAUGCAUUCAACCCUGUGAAGUCUCAGAACUAAAAGCCGGAACUCACAUAUUUGCUGUCUAUGGUGAUAACUUCUUCAAGACAGCUACAUAUACAAUUGAGGCUCUCUGUGCAAAGUCAUUUGAGGAUACAACACAUAAGCUUAAGGAGAUAGAGUUUCAGAUUUUAAGGAAGAGAGCUGAGCUGCGGCUGUUUGAGGUGGAAUACAGAAAGGUAUUGGCACAAUUUGAGGAAGUAACCAACAGAUACAGCCAGGAAAAGCAGUCUGUUGACGAGCUGCUGAAGCAGCGAGACACCAUUCACUCCUCAUUCACGAUGUCCCGGUCAGUCAUCAAUGGUCGCGGAAGUGGCACUCCUUCUGGUAAUGAGGGUAGGAACAGAGUCACCGGCGAAGAUUUCAAGGCGGCCGAGAGCCCAGAGGAAGAUGGAAGCGCAGAUGCAAUGGAUCGAUCAUCCAAGAGGAAAUGGUUCAAUCUUAACCUGAGAGGAUGGGAAAAUAAGGUUGGCUGAUAGGGACUUUCUUAGAUGGUCUUGAAUUGUUUUUUGAGAGUUUUGGGGGUUUCAGUUAUAUGAACAUUUGAGCCACUGGAUUGUGUUACUUUACCUCCCAUCCCAUUAUUGUUGUUUUUUCUGUGUGCACACAUUCCAAAUGAUAUAUAUAAAUGGUGUAUCUACUACAUAAAUACGAAGUAUGUCUUUGUUUUUUUCUUUCA